AUGCUGUAUCUUUGGAAUCCUAUUUUUUUAUUUAGUCAUCUAAUUGAACAUUCGAUAAGAAUCAAAGGGUUUAGAAUUUGGACUUUUUUUUAAGCAUUUUAUCUAUAUUAUAGAAAUUAUAUUAUUUAAACAAACUUCAUCAUUUUGCUAUCCAGUUAAGAUGAAAGAUAAGCAUAGAAAGUGUUAAUUUUAGCAGAUAAACUACAAACAAAUUGGAAUAGUCCAACAAAAAUGACUGAUAGAAUUAGUAGAAAUUUAGUAUUUCUAUUAUUUUGCUAGUAUUUUGCUAUUAUAAAAAAUUAAUCAGACUGA